CUUAUAUUCGACUUAUUUCCACUACUAUAAGGCAUCAAAAGACUGAACUGGACUUGGAACUGCGUAACUGGUGACGUUUACUAGAACCGCCCAUGAAUGUGGUUUCAACUAGGUCCGCUAGCUGACUAUAAGUCCUUGUUCUCCAGUGGCGUUAUCUGUAUUCGGUUGUUUUGAGCUGAAGAGUAUUUGUCGACAUGUCUGGAAGAGGAAAAGGCGGGAAAGGACUCGGGAAAGGAGGCGCUAAGCGUCACCGAAAGGUUCUCCGCGAUAAUAUCCAGGGAAUCACUAAACCCGCUAUUCGUCGUCUUGCUCGACGUGGGGGUGUCAAGCGUAUUUCUGGCCUGAUCUAUGAAGAGACCCGCGGUGUGUUGAAGGUGUUUCUGGAGAACGUCAUCCGUGAUGCUGUGACUUACACUGAACACGCCAAGAGAAAGACCGUCACCGCCAUGGAUGUUGUGUACGCGCUGAAGCGACAGGGACGCACUCUGUACGGGUUCGGCGGUUAAGAGACUCACGAAGAAGAAAAACCCAACGGCUCUUUUAAGAGCCACCCACACUUGCACAUAAAGAACGAGUUUCUAGUUGUCUAGAUGUGUAGUAACGCAGUAAACUAAUGACUUGUCUAACAUGGAUAAAAAAAAAAAAACCCUGAUGUAAAUAACAAAAGAAUUGGACGAACUAAUUUACAUUUUCAUCUAGAAACGAUAGUGGAACACAAAUUACCAAACCAUCAAAUUAAGUUACCAUACCCAUUUUCACUCUGCCUGCUGGAUUCACUAUAACCUCAUCUUCCUAAUCAACAGCCAGCUGUGUUUUAUACCGUUUAUAGGUGUUACAGACAAUGUGUAGAUAAUAUGUGAAUUACUGAUCAUUACAGAUUCAAUAUUUAUUUAAUUCUAGCCCCUCCUUACAAAUAUAAUACAUUCGUAUUCCAACCUGGUUUGGCCUCAUGCGAUUCCAUUGUGGUGCUAUGUUGCAUUGAGGCAACACAGAUUGUUGAUAUUUCAUGAUAUAUAAUGAUAAAGAUUAAAUAUAAUGUAAAGUUCUUGAAAAUACUUCUUAACUUACUAGUGUAUAUGACUCAUAUUUUUGUGGGUGAUUAACUACGCAAAUUAUUUGAAAUUAACUUUUCAUUGGGGAAAAUAUGGAGACGUGCACAUGUGCUGAAACAAGACACAAAAUGGCCCCUGUGGGUCAUGUGACCACUACUUUGCACUUUCAUUGAUUGGUAUUUGAGUUCUUCUACCAUGAGAUAGCGAAGGUUAGGUCUCAUUUUAUGAAACAAACAAACCAACCAACAACCAAACCUACCAAUUAUAUUAGACCAUGUUUCCUGGAGGCAACACCAUACCAAGCAUAGAGGGUUAAGUGAUUUGAAUUUUUACUUUGCUAUAUUCACAGUUCUGCUUGUAGUUAAUUUAACAUCGUUAUAAAGACUCUCGAAAGUUAUUGCUCAUUGUUUGUUUUAUAUAAAUACUAUUUUUAAAUGUAGAUUACCGUAUAUAUGUAACGAAUCUUGUCGCUGUCAUGACUGGAUCUGGUCUCUCGCUCGUAUUCUGCGUUGUGAUUUGACCAAUUCGCUCAUUCGUUCUUCAUGCACUCAGAUGAACAGGAGUCAGUGGGCUCAAUUCCUCAAUAAAUUGCAAGGACACA